AUGCCUUUCCGUUUCUUCUCCAGCAGAAAGAAGCCGAAGUCCAAGGGUCGAACCCUGAUUAAGGAAGCCAUUUCAUCGCCAGCUGUGGAACCAGCCGCAGAUACCUCUAGGGAAAGUCUGGAGACAGUCUCUAUGGAUAUUUUUCAACCUCCAACACGAAGCGCUCCCAACCCUCCCGAGCGACCUUCUUCGAUUCCAGAAGAGACAAGAACCGAAGCGCUCGAAAAUGAAUCGCUGGAGAUACAUGCUACGUCGACACCAAGAAUCGGAAUUAUCCCUUCGCCCUCGCCUCCAGAGCCACGAGAACAAGACCUCCGGCAGGAGCCGCCAUUUCUUGCUGUCUAUGUUGGAAAGAAUACCCCUGGUUCUCGCUUCAUAACACAAUGUUGCUUCCACAUCUGGGGCUUCCUCCUUCGCGACUCCAAAGUGCUGUCCAAGUACCUAAACCGCUGUUGCGAAAACAAGGACCACGUGCCAAACAUCAUUCUUCCGGAUCUCGAUCCCCAGUCCUUUGAGAUCUACUUGGAGUGGCUGAGCAAAGGCAAGAUAACAUUUCCCCGGUACUGUGGCGACCCCCGAGACCGAUGGAUGCGUCGGGGAAAUCGAAACUGCUCUUGGACGGAGGUUGUGCCGCUACUCAAUGCACACAUCCUCGGGACAACAAUCGAAGAUUCUGCAUUCGCGGAUUUCAUUAUGGACAACCUAGGCAAAAAAUUGUUGCCCAGACGUAUGCCCAGUUACAAUACUAUCCAACACGUAUUCACCUCCACCGAUGUCUCCGAGCAGCUAAAGCGAUUCGUUAUAGACCGGUCUCUGGAGGCUGGGCUAGCGGACCUGCGUACGGAACAAACCGCCAUUUUCCCACCUAAUUUCCUGGCCAUGGCAUGGCGAAAGGAUAUGGAGAUGAUGUUUGAGGAGGAUAGAGACUCCAACGACGGAUCGGGCUGCAAGUAUCAUGUGCAUGGAUCUGAAGCGGAGUGCUAUAGGCCACGAUAUGAGAGGGAGCUGAAGUAUCGGAUGGAGAGAGAGGCCAUUACAAAGAAUCAGAAGAAGGCGGUCGAGGCGGCGGAAAGAGAUGGUGUGCUUGCGGAGGAUUGGGCAGCGAGCCGCUUUGCGAAAGUACUGCAUAUGGAUACGAAUUGUCCGGAUUCGAGCGCGAAAGAUGCUGUGAAAGGGGCUCCAGUAGAAGUGAUUGCUCCUUUUAGCGCUCAGGCUCCGAUGGGUACCAAUAUUCCAACUGUUUUCAAUGCGCUAAGUUCGUCUAAUGCGCCGGCUUCUUCCAGUGUACCAGUUUCUUCGAGCGCGCCAGUGCAGUGCACUGUGCCGGAGGUCCCAAACACACUGCCGGGUGGACAUCCGCCAUUAGAUUCGAAUCUGGUUGUCUACCCAGAUGUCCCAGUGAGGGAAGAUACACCAGUGGGGUCAAACGCGCCGGGAGUCAUGUCACAGGUUAAUGAGUUCCGGAACGACGUCCUUGAGGGUACCAACGACGCGAAUAGAGUCUCAACAACCAUGGAUUCCGGUUCUGUGAUAAUGGACCGCUCUCUUCCUCAAUCCAUCGAGGAAGUGAAUGCCAAUAGUAGCGGCACUGAGCAACCUGCAACACUCGUCGCUUCGGCAGAACUACUCUCGGAGGUGGAGAGGGGGGAUGUGGAGGAUGUCAUUGUAGAGGUAGAGAGAGAGGGGAGUAUGAGGUGGCCGGGGGCCUUCCCAGAGGACGAAUAG